AUGGGUAUAUCUUUCGUGGAACCUCUAUAUCGGGUUUACCAGAGUACAGCCUGCCAAAGAGCGGUUUCACCCCUGACAGAUGAUCCGUCCAGGGCAACUGGUGACUUCCAUUGCAUUGUCUAUCCCAUUUUGGUACGAAUUGGUCAAUUAGAAUUUCAUUUAUUUUCUUCCAAUCGUGAGAUAACGUAUCUAUCUAUCUAUCUAUCUAUCUAUCUAUCUAUCUCAGCCAAUUUAUUGUUCAGCAUUCAUAUCACGCCAACAAAGCUUCGGGCUUCCCUUUCAUACGUUUUGGCGAUUGUUUCUCUUUCGCAUCUCACUCCCUCUGGUUCUUUCUCAUUAUGUUCCUCUUUUUGUCAACAUAUCUAUCUAUCCCUGUUUAUUCUCAAUCUAUCUAUCUAUCUAUCUAUCUAUCUAUCUAUCUAUCUAUCUAUCUAUCUAUCUAUCUCAGUUUAUUCUUCAUCUCUCUAUCUAUCUAUCUAUCUAUCUCAGUUUAUUCCUCAUUUAUCUAUCUCAGUUUAUUCUUCAUCUAUCUAUCUAUCUAGCUAUGUAUCUAUCUAUCUAUCUAUCUCAGUUUAUUCUUCAUCUAUCUAUCUAUCUAUCUAUCUAUCUAUCUCAGUUUAUAUAAAUAUAACAUAA